AUGGACUACACCGCCGUGGCGGGCGAAGCUGACGCUCUUCACGGCUCAUCGCCAUGGGGUUCCUCGUCUCCCCGUGCCCCCAGAGGCUUUCCUCAAGCCACGGCUCCGGAUUCACCAGAGUCCCCGCAACCCGUUCGAGGGCAUUCCUACAAUCAAUCGCAAGACAGCAUUCCUGACUCUCCUUACCUGCCUCCACCCGACCAACCCGGAACACCUGGCUUUGGGGACAACACAGUCCCGGGCGAGGCGGCACAAGGUCAACAGCCGGCGGGUGUCCCACAGCACUCCCAGGCGCCGGCACAUCAUCCACACGAUGCCCAAGCGGGACAACAGGGCCAUCAAUAUACUGGUCAGGCGCAGCAACGGCCAGGCGCGGCAAGAUAUCACAGUACAAGGCAGAACAGGCCGGUGCCGCAAUACAAGCUGCAAGCCAAGGUGACUGCGCUCGAACGAAGCGGCCGGAAAGAUCCCGUCUUCAGAUUUGAUGUUUAUACCAAUCUUCCCAAGUUUCGCACCACCCAAUUCCGAGAUGUCCGUCGGACACAUGGCGAAUUCGUCAAGCUCGCCGACCACCUGGUGUCCUCAAACCCGGAAGCACUGGUGCCAGCUGUACCGCCAGCCCAGACCUCCGCCGGCGUGGGGACCGAUGAAGAUGAAGCACGAGUCAAGGCCGCAAUUCAACGGUGGCUGAAUGUUGUCUGCAGCAAUGACGUGCUCAUGCGGGAUGAAGAGAUGGUGUUCUUCGUCGAGAGCGAUUUUGGGUACUCGCCCGUGGUGAGAAUGAAACAACCCGCGACGGGAGUGAGGCGGAAAGUUUUGAAGCAGUUUGCGCCGCCACCGGAUGAUACGCCAGAGCUGCACGAGGCGAGACCCGUGGUUAAGAUGUUCUAUCUUGGCGCGCUGGACACAAGCCAGAAGCUGGAGAGAGUCGUCAAAGCCAGACGAGCCCUCGGUCUGGGAGAAUCGUCCCUUGGCGAGAAGAUCGGCCAAAUGGCCGUGCAAGAGACGCAUUCGGGUCUCGCAACUGCGUACCGCAAACUCGGUCGUAUAGUCCAGACCUGCGGCGACUACCACGCCGCACAAGGCACGGCCGAAGCCACCACCCUGGGGGACGCACUGACCUACCACUCCUCGGACGCCUUCAUCGUCAAAGAAACGCUGACCAAUCGGCACAUCCUGCUCCGCGAGCUCCUGCAGGCCGAAGCCAGUCGCCGGAGCAAAGAAUCCGCCGUGCAGCGCCUCAAAUCGUCCAGCAGCGUCCGGCGGGACAAGGUCGACGAGGCCAUUUCGGCGCUCGACGAAGCCAUCAGCCAGGAGAGCUACCUGCGCUCCAAGACACACCGCGUGACGGCGAACCUCCUGCUCGAGAAACGGAGAUGGUUCAACCGCACCAGCACGGAAUUCAUGCUCUCGCUGCGAGAGUACGUGCUCAGGCAGAUCGAGGCCGAACGACGCACCCUCGCGACCCUCGAGAGCGUCCGCCCGGACGUGCGCGCCAUCGACGCCUCGGGCGGCCUCAGCCGCUUGGGCCGCGAGAACCACCCCACCGUCCGGCGCAUCUCCAUGGCGAGCAGCCAGGGCGCCAAGGGCGAUUCGUGGUCCGGCGUGCCGCGCAGCAGAGACGCCCUCUCACGGAGCAUGUCCGGCGGCUUUGGACCGGGCGCCUUGGGCGUGCCCAUUUUGCCCGAGGACGAAGAGAACGGGGCCAACGGCGCGGGUGGGGCGCAGCAAGGAGGGGGAAGGCCGAGAAGUGGCACGGGCGCGAGCCUGGAGAGGGUCAAGGAGGAUGAAGACGAGGAUCGCGUCGAUGCUAGGAACGCGGCGAGUCGGUUGGCGCAGAGUACGUUCUAG